GCUCCCAGUGUUCCCGACUACCCUCCGGCUGAUGGGUAUGCAUUCAGUAACACAGUUUACAAGAGAGGGCCUCUGCUGGACCAGGGGGCAGCUGUUGCUGCCUUUAAGCAGACUGUUAGCCGACAUGUAGAUAGAAACUACGAAGCACACAGUAAAGCACAGACCAAGAAAUAUGCCAAAUGCAAGUAUGAAUUCAUGGCAAGAAACAACAGUGAGCUUUCUGUCGUGAAAGAAGAGAUUGUAGAGAUUCUGGAUGACAGAAAGCAGUGGUGGAAGGUUCAGAAUAAAAGUGGCAGCACAGGCUUUGUGCCAAACAACAUUUUGGACCCUCUGAGGAAUCAAGAAGGUGGUCCAGGGUGGUCAGAGCCUGCAUAUACCCGCGCCAUCCAGAAACAAAGGACAGACUACAUUGCAAAACAGCCCGAUCCGGUUCCUGCUACCCCUUCACCGCCUCCGACGCCCGCUCCGGUUCCUGCCGCCGUGCAAAAAAAACGUGCCCCAGCCCCUAUCCCGGUGCCCGUGCCCAAAGCCCCGCCCGCCGUCAGCCGCCAGAGCAGCACCUCUAGCGACAGCGCUGGCAGCGUCGCACGAGACACCCAGAGGCAGAAGCAAGUUCCUGUGGAUCGCAGGAAAUCGCAGAUGGAGGAGGUGCAGGAUGAGCUCGUUCACCGCCUCACCAUCGGCCGCAGUGCUGCCCAGAGGAAGUUCCACGUGCCACGACCAAACAUCCCAGUGGUUAACAUCACUUACGACUCUUCCCCUGAGGAUGUGAAAGCAUGGUUGCAGUCCAAAGGAUUCAACCCUGUGACUGUAAACAGCCUUGGUGUGCUGACGGGUGCUCAGCUUUUCUCUCUCAACAAAGAGGAACUGAGAACAGUUUGCCCAGAAGGAUCUCGAGUCUACAGCCAAAUUACGGUACAGAAAUCUGCCUUGGAGGCUAACAGUGGUAGUUCAGAACUGCAAGAAAUUAUGAGAAGACGACAAGAAAAAAUCAGCGCAGCUGCCACGGAUUCGGGUGUGGAAUCCUUUGAUGAAGGAGGCAGCCAUUAAGUGUAUUUCCUCCUGUCUUUCAUUUCAUUGCCCAUAGCAUUACACCAUCUAGCUUUGCUUUACAGAGCAGUGAAGGGCAGUGUCUUACUGUAUUGUAAACAUGACUAGCCACCAUAAAGAAAAUUUAGAGUACUCUCUGCAGAAGUACCUGCUGCUGGCUUCUUGGCACCAAGUAUGAAGACGUGAGAAAUUCAGUGGGGGUUCCUGGCAGGUGACAAUGUAGGCUCAUGAUCAUUUACACCCAGAGAUGAGUCUUUGCUUUACAGAAUUAACACGACAGAUAAACUGGAACACGUCUUUGUGAUUCAUCUAAGGGAAGCUGAGCCAGCAAUAAAAAAGUAUUUGAACCCUUCAUUAAUAAUAAGAUUCUGAAUCCCAUCUCUUGCUGUAGUGUGCAAUUGCGUCUUUUUGACUCAGUCUUUCUUGUCAUGCAUUAGGCUGCAGGACAUUUACUGCAGUUGUUGAUGCCAGCAAUUG